GGGCGGGGCAGUUGGCAGCCACAGCAAGUGGCCGCCCCUACAAAACAGCGGGCGUGUCAUUUGGCGCAGAUUGGCUAGGGCCGUCUUGUGUUUGUUUCGAUUCGUAAGCUAGGCAGUGCGGAUCGGGGGAUGAAGCUGUUCGCCUUCGUGAGGCGCGCGCGGCGGCCGUCGUCGCCGGCGGCGGUGGAGGCGGAGGAGCCGGCUGCAGUGGUGGUGGCGAUCGACGACGCGGCGGCGGCGCACGCGGAGAAGCGGAGGCGGCGGCCGUCGGGGUCGGGGGCGGCGUGGAAGCCGACGCUCGGGGCGAUCUCCGAGGACGCCACGGUGGUGUCGUCGAGCGCCACGAAGGCGAAGGCGAAGACGGUGAAGGCGAAGGCGAGGCCGUCGCCGCGCGCGGUCCGGUCGUCGGACUACGACGGCUUCCGGCACUUCGGGGCACCCACGGUGUUGCCGGCGUUCGCGCCGACGGCCUUCUUGUUCUGAGGUCAACUCGGAGGUCCGGCCGGCAAGUCCUGUAGCUGAUCGGGGGUAGGGGGAUGCUCUAGUGUGUGUGGUUCACUGGCUUGACCAUGACGGCUGCUCAGCCUUUCUGUGCAAAGAUCCGGACUCGCAAAGCUGAUUCUCUGUAAUUUUUCUGAUGCUUCUGAUGAUGUGCACGUAUCUGCUGCUGCCGAUCCCCCACUCGCGUUGUGGCUUUCGGUUUCGAAAUGCCUUUUAAUGAUUCCUGAUGUUCUCCAAAAAAAUGGUGUGUAUGUGAUUAAUUCGAGUUGAGAUUUGAGAAGAUUCGAGCAGCAAAUUCUUGCCCAGUUCUAUGACGAUUACGC